AUGAAUGUUAUAAAGCUUCAAAGAAAAUACCCGCAGUUCCAGCAGAACGAGAUAUUCACCCUCCAAGAUGCCUUCCAUAGGCUAGAUGUAGACGACAAGGGCUACCUCGACGAAGCUGAGACUAUCAAGGCGACACAGGCUUCGGAGAGGCUGCCAUACGACGUUGUUCGCCAGACGCUAAAGGAGGUGGAACUCGACAGCUCUCGACGGGUCGAGUUUGAGGAUUACGUUGAUGGAUAUAUAUAUGGAUAUAUAUACUCGAGCAUGAUGGGAAAUGCUGACUCUAUACAGCUGAUAGCAAAACUGCGUAGUGGUGGCCAACCCGCCAGUGCGGCUCCCCCAAUUAAACCCUCCGCGCAUGCUCCUAGCGGCCAUGGACACGCCUCAAAGGGAAGCAUCAGCGGCAAGAUUCACGUCCAGGGCUCUUCCGCGAACGUCACCCAUACGAUAAACGAAGAUGAGAGAACCGAAUUCACGAGGCACAUCAAUGCCGUCCUUGCCGGUGAUCCGGACAUCGGGCAUAUGCUGCCAUUCCCAACGGACACUUUUGAGAUGUUCGAUAAAUGCAAGGACGGUUUAGUGUUGGCGAAACUCAUCAAUGACAGUGUCCCGGACACCAUCGAUGAGCGAGUGUUGAACAGGCCCGGAACACGGAUAAAGCAGCUGAACGCCUUCCAUAUGACUGAGAACAACAACAUUGUUAUCAACUCAGCAAAGGGUAUUGGAUGUUCGGUUGUCAACAUUGGAAGUGGAGAUAUCAUCGAGGUUAGAGAACACCUUAUACUGGGUCUUAUCUGGCAGGUCAUUCGUCGUGGUUUGCUUGGGAAGAUUGAUAUAAAGCUUCACCCCGAGCUUUACAGAUUGCUCGAGGAGGAUGAAACCUUGGACGAAUUCCUUCGUCUCCCUCCCGAGCAGAUUCUGUUGCGCUGGUUCAAUUACCAUCUCAAGAAUGCCAAAUGGCACCGAACAGUUUCAAACUUUUCUACCGAUGUUAAAGAUGGAGAGAACUACACUGUCUUGCUUAACCAGCUCGCCCCGGAUAUCUGCUCGCGGAAGCCUCUCGAGACCCGUGACUUAUUGCAGCGUGCCGAGCAGGUCCUUGAUAAUGCUGAUCUUCUAGAAUGCCGGAAGUUCCUGACGCCAUCGUCACUCGUUGCUGGGAACCCUAAGCUUAACCUUGCUUUUGUUGCCAACCUGUUCAACACCCAUCCUGGUCUGGACCCUAUUACAGAGGAAGACAAAUUCGAAGUGGAAGACUUUGACGCCGAGGGGGAGCGUGAAGCCCGUGUGUUUACCCUCUGGUUGAACUCCCUCGAUGUCCAGCCAGCCGUGAACUCACUCUUCAAUGAUCUAAGGGAUGGAACUAUCAUCCUCCAGGCAUACGACAAGGUCAUCCCGAACAGUGUCAACUGGCGUCAUGUCAACAAGCCCCCCGCGUCCGGCGGAGAGCUCAUGCGGUUUAAAGCAGUGGAGAACACUAAUUACGUGAUUGAGCUCGGGAAACAGAACCGCUUCUCCCUUGUAGGCAUUCAGGGGGCUGACAUCACAGACGGACAACGCACCCUCACCCUGGGUCUAGUCUGGCAAUUGAUGAGAAAGGAUAUCACAAACACGCUCUCCUCCCUAGCUCAGCGACUGGGUAAGCGUGAAAUUACUGAUAACGAAAUGAUUCGAUGGGCAAACGACAUGUCCCAUAAGGGCGGAAAGAGCUCGUCCAUCCGAAGUUUCAAGGACCAGUCUAUCGCCACUGGUAUCUUCCUGCUGGACAUCCUUAACGGCAUGAAGAGCAGCUAUGUCGACUACGAUCUCGUGACGCCCGGAAGAACAGACGAGGAGUGCUAUGCAAACGCCAAAUUGGCCAUCAGUAUUGCCCGAAAAAUGGGCGCCACUAUAUGGUUGGUGCCAGAGGAUAUCUGUCAAGUUCGCUCCCGACUGGUCACGACAUUCAUCGGAUCUCUGAUGGCCACCUCUGAGAAGAUGUAA